AUGGCUCUUCUCACAACUCUUAAAAUUCUUUUGUGGGGAAUGGUGCCAGUCCAAAUGGCAAAGGCAAAGUGGCCCUCCAUGACCCUCCAUACUGAUGGAGCUACAUUGCUCUUGAUUUUGGAUCUGGCUAAAGAAUCCGCUGUCAAGGACAUGAAGCAAUGGCCCCAGUGGUAUCCCCUGAUGUACAUGCUGAAGCUAUAUCAGUGUUCUUCCUACUUGCAUGGGCACCCGAGGAAGAACUGCAUGAUUGGAGCUAAAAUGGUGAGGCUGGUGAAGCCCUCAGUCAAGGCUGUAAGGUCUCUCAGAGGUCCCUGGCAUGUACAGAUCCUCUUGUAUCAAACCAGUUUAUUACCAUCCCUCUGCCAUGUGGAACCUUGGGUCCCCAAGUACAUGACCAAGCACUUUCCUUCUUCUAAAUCAGGUUCUUUCAAGCCUUCUCUCAAGUCUAAAGCCUGGACAGAGAUGGAUACAUACUGCAUUCAGCAGAGGCUCUGGAAUUGAAAGGGUCAGAGAAUCCUAUACCUCUGCUUCAGGUGUCAGUAGCAAAAAAGCAGUUAGUUCUUGCACUCCAGUCAUGGCAUGGCAUACUUGGAUGUUGACUUUUUGCUACUCUAUUUCAAUGACACUGGUACGUGUGUUCAGGCUAAACUUCUUACAGGAGGCCAAGAGGAGUUAACUGAUAGGGAAUCUUCUCUCAUGUGGUGUGCCAGGCAAGCAUGCAGUAUUUCAUCUGAUGUCCCUUUUCCUUUUUGGGAACAUGAUGGGUUUGUAAAUAACCAGUGUUCUCUGGUCAGCUUCUAGCAACUAGGCUAGAAUCACUGGAUCAUUACUCCCCGUCUCUACUCUCCAAAUUAUUGUAAAGGAGUCUGCAUUCAGGUGCUACCCUAUAAACUCAAUUCACCCAACCAUGCUAUCAUUCAGAGCCUUGUCAAUGAACUAGUGAACCACAGUGUACCUCAGCCUUCUUGUGUCCCUUAUAAGUUUCUUUCUAUGAGUAUCCUCCUGAUUGAGGCAAAUGAGAGUAUUGUGUACAAGGAGUAUGAGGAUAUGAUUGUGAGUCCUGCACAUAUAGGUAACAGUGAAGUUGUAGCUAUCUCAGGUCUCCAAAUAAAACUAGAGAUGACUUUAAAGAAAGCGUUAUCAAUGUUAAAGCUGACAGUGAUCUACCCAAUCUACAGGUUCUAUUUCUUACCUUAA